GUUUCACUCAUGUUCUUCCUGGUAUCAUUUUUUUAUACAUAAAUCUUUGUAUCGUGUUUCCAACGCGCACUAUUUAACUUAAUUCUUUAACAUUUAUAAUUACUUUCUAAAAUGGAUUUGAUGUAUUGCGUUCCGCUCCUGAUACUAGGGAUCCUCUUUCAGCAGAUCGCUCCAGAAUGCCAAUACCCCAGUCAGCUUAAAGGCGAAUGGGUUACCAGUGAUCGUGGGAAAUGGACUUUUGUCAACGAAACAAUUGUACGAGGAAUUACAGUAGACAUGCCAGGUUUAAGGACAUUGGAUUUCUUCUGCAUAGACCAAGUCGGAUCAACGUAUCUACUACAGGCGGUGCAGUUUAUCAAUAUCUUUGAGAAAAUAACUCGAUUUUUCGCAUGCUGGAACGUUACGGAAAUAUCAGAAGAUGUUUUCAAAUAUUAUUCUGAAACAGAAUAUGAUGUUUUUUUGGCGGAAAAUAUUUUUGGCACAGUGGAUUAUAUAGCCACAUUAGAGGAGGCAUGUAACAGACGAACGAAGCCGACCUCAUCCAAGACGUUCAAUAUCAUUGCGAGAAAAACAAGUCUAGAAAGUGGAAUGGCUGCACGUAAAUGUUCCAUGGAUCUGCGUGACGUAUUUAAAAACGUCACUUUCAUGAGAAACGGCGCUGUGUGCGACAACGUAACUAUGGACGGAUAUAGGGAUGACCGAAAAUUGAUGUUUGCCUCCCAUUUGACCAUGAACGGUUGUUCAUCUGUAGUAUUAUCUGGAGAAUAUUCAUGCUUGUAUCAUGUGGAAUCAGAAGGAACGACAUUUGUAUCAGUUUGGCAUAACGAAUCCUACAGUUUCUCGUGUAUUGCAUAUCGAAAAGAAGGCGAUAUUAUCUACGCCACGUGGACGAUGAUGUUCUGUAGUGCCAAUUUGAGUGAAGAUGACCCAAAUUACUAUCGAAGAGAUACAAGUUUAGAAACAGAAAUAAUAUUUUCAGGAUCUGAAUAUGCAGGUAUGAUUUAUUUUGCAUUUUAAAUAAUGCAUACAGCUUCUGCAUGUAAACAUAUAUAAUUAUCUUUAAGACACAUUUAUGUAAUGUUCAUUUAGUGGAUGUCCAAUGAUUUCAGUGAUUUUAUAUAAAAAAUAUAUACAUUGAAUUUUUCGUAUUAUAUAAUUCCUGUCAUACCACUAUACAAAGUUUGUUUCCACAUAGUAGUAUAUGCAUGCAAUACAAUUACUUUCGCUUUAAUGAACAUUAUCUAUGUUGACAUAAAAUGCCGUUGUCAUUUUGUUUUAUAGAGUAUAUUGAUAUACAAUGGCGUACAGGCAUUGCUAUUUGAUAUCUUUUGAAAGUUGAUCUAUCAACCAAUGUCCAUAAGAUGUAUUCAAAUAUGGAUAUCACAUAAUUGUUUUACUAUGCUUUCGAUUUGUCAUGUGUAUUCCAUGUAUUGCAAUGGACACCUGUGUUAUGUUUGUCUAUAACAGUCUUGUUGUGUCAUGUAAAUGCUGUUGUGGUGUGUUGUUAUAUAGCGUCAUGUCAUGCGUUAUUGUUAAGUUGUCCAUCGUUCUAUUGUUAUAAUGUCUUUGUCGUGGCAUCAUAAGGUGUGCUAUUACUGUCUCUAUGAAUGAAAUGAAGUAUGUGUAUGAGUUGUAAUAAACUAUAUUCGUUUGAAAUAAUGUUAUAUUCAUUCCAACAUGAUUAUACAAUAAAUGUCUACAUUAUAUUAUUGGAAAUAUACAAAUUGUGUUUUCAAAUAUGUUUUACUUUGUAUUAUCCAUUUUGUAUCAACAUAACGUGUAUGGUUUUGCAUUACACUAUUGUUUUACUAAAACUAGUUUUAAACUACUGAAAUAUGAACUUUUCAAUAUUAUCAUUAUAUUCCAUUUGGUGUAUCAAUGAAUGCAUUUUACACCAACCUACCUUAACACAAGAUAUUCAGGAACAGUUUCCAGGAUGACGGAGGUAAGUUGCCCAUCAUGAUCAUCACGAUCAUCAUCAUCAUCAUAUCAUCAGCGUCAUCAUCAUGAUCAUCAUCGUCGUCGUCGUUGUUGUCAUUAUAAACCAACGCGAUUUUUUUAAUCAAUUAGAUGUUGGUAUUUAGUUAAUUGAAUAACAUAUUUGUCUACUUGUAUUCAAUAAGCAAAGAACGAUAACUUACUCUUAUUCAAUGGUCUCCUUUAGUAAUAUUCAAUGUUGAGAUUUUUCUAUAUCAGCACAAAUUUAUUUAACUUUAUUUUGUUUAAUUGUCAAUUGACAUUUAAUAUGAUCAUUUGCUCAAUACUAUUGUUUUAGAUUUUUUUUUUGUGAAACCCAAUUUAUUCAAAUUUAAUUCGAAUUAAAUUACCGGGGCUGUAUGUUCUUAAAUCACUUAAAAGUAAAUGUCUAAGUCUUAAAGAAUGUUUUGGACGAAAAAUAUAUAUUUUAAAAACUGUUUAGUCAAUUCGCUUCAUUAACGUAGAAUAGGCCAAUGGUGUGUUCGCCGUGCCCAACUAGAAGUAAAACAUAUGACCAUGGUUCGCUGAGUUCAGUAUACAUACACAUUUUUACCUCAAUUGAUCCGUUGUUCUAUCGGGACAAUUGCCCUUACGUAGCCUUACAAUCCCAUAUCCAAUACAAAUCCGAUUGAAUCGAGUACAAAGGUAAAUUAUACACAUUCAAGGUGUGUAACAGGAACGCAUUACUCACUAUAAAGCCAACAUAAGUAGCCAUUAUGUUACACUGUACCUACCUUUCAAACUCUAAAUGUCUACCACUUGAUUUCAUUAAAAAGAAAAAUGGCGAGAUGUAGAUAUGUCCGAGUUGCAAGUGUUUUAUUCUUAUCUAUAAUUGCCUAUAUCUCUGAUGGUGUUUCUACGGUGACGCCAUGUACGUUUCCGGAAGGACUAAGAGGAGUAUGGAUAACAUCCGAUAGAGGGGUGAUCCGAAUUAAUUCAUCAACACUACAUGGAUACCCAGUCAAUAUACCGGGGUUUAGAAUCCUUGAUUUAACAUGUGAAGGUGUUCAAGAUACCAAAUAUAUAUUAAGGUCUGUCCAGCAGACGAAUGUAUUCGGACAAACAGUCAAUAUGUUCCUGUGUCUGGACAUACGACCUAGUCAAGACACCUACGUGUACUAUAUUGGAACAGAGUUCGAGAGCUUCCUUAACGAUGCUUUGUAUGGAACCAUUAAUUCAACCGUGACGACGGCGGAAGUGUGUAACCGUGCGGAACCAUUGGAUGGAAGCUCAGCUGUCAUGCUUGUCAAAAACACGUCGUCAAUACAAGGCAUCCCCUGUCCGCCCAGCACGUUCUUCACGUACAAUUCGUUAUCGUUCGUCGAUGGGAUUAACAUCAAACGUUGUCCUCUUAGUCGAUUGGAUGUCUGUGAAGAUUCGACACGCAUGCGCUUCGAUAUUAACAGCACCUGUGGAACGGCCAUAGCAACCAGUGCCGAUUUCUCGUGUUUGUACUAUGUCGACAGUGGAAACACAACGUACCUAUAUAUGGAAACGGACGAUCGAAACAUGAUGUCUCUACAGCAUAAUAUUGUUUGCGUAGAAAUAGAAAAUGUUCAAGAAGGAAUAAUAUUGAAGAUGUAUCCAGAAUACUGCAAUGACUUAAUGACUGCUCACCCCAUCUUAUCUCUCCAGCUUACUUCUACAGAAAAAUGUCAGGGGGAUUUUACAGUUGCCGCAACAACAAGAGCACCUCUCUCUACCCCCAGUUCUGGAGAUCGGUCUUUUACUGUUUACUUUGUCAUCGGUGGAGUUGUCGUUCUUUGUAUUGCCACCGCAGUUAUCAUCGCCACUGCAAUUUCUAGACAGAAAAUGUGUUUUCAAUGUCGUCUACAACCACAGUUGCCUGAAAAUGGUCAACAAUUCACAGACCUUAAUAAUUAGAAACUGCUGUUCCAAUACAUAAAGCUUUAUGGAUACUGUGAAAUCAGAUGUUUUCGUGGGCCCCAGAUUUCGUGGUUUCCCGAUGAAGCACCAUUUCCAGGGCAUAUGAACUCUUGUAUUUCGAGUACCCAAUGAAACGGAAUAUUGCUUAGUGUCAAACUUGUAAUCACUUCGUGGAGCUAUGAAUUUGUGGAUGAAGAUUACCAACGAAAGCAACGAAAUUAAAAACAAAAGUAAAACAAAUGAUAUAAACUGCAACGGCCAUACUGAUGAACAUUAUCAUUUGAUUAAGUAAAAGUAAAAGUGACAUUAAAUAAGCAAGUUGUGUGAAUUUGUUUGUUUGCAUGACAUGAUGAGGGGGAUGAAAGACAUUUUGAAAUUAAGCUGACUAGAACAUUUGUCACAAUAUCCGGUAGAAGAAUUGACAUCAUUGGAGAUUGAUGUAAAUAAAUGUAUUUUUAUCUUCUCAGAAUGGUGGUUUUCGUUUAAAGAUAAAUGUCACGCAUCAGGACAUUGUGGUAUGUAGGAAAAUCGUAAUCCGUUGUCUUCCUAUAACAUAACGACACAAAUGACAUUGAAUGAAUAUAUAAUUGAUAAUAAACCCCUGUGAUGAGGCAAAGCUCUUUUUAUGAAUUAAUAUUCUGAAGCUACAAUAUAAAUACCGUCAGAUGUUUAUUUUAUUUUGUAAUCUUUAAAUUGAAAACAAAACAUAUUUGGUUAUCGUUUGUUUGUCUUAUUUAGCUUGUAUACGUUUCUUGCCAAAGAAUGAAGAUUUGGUUUGGUUUGUAUGUGUUAUACGUCCAAUUAACAUGUUAAACCAAUGAACCAAUUAAAGAUGUGCCAUGACUUAUUGGUGGAGAAAAGCCGGGGAACCCGGAGAAAAACCACCGACCCGCGGCCAGUAGAACGUAGGUAGUAUGAACCCCACCUGGAUGGACAAAACUCAUAAUCGCCACUCGUUUGAUAUUUAUUUUAUAGUCGUUUCUCCAAUAGGCUUAUUGUCACAUGAACAAUCAUCAAACUAAAUUAAACAUUACAACAGGCGUCAAUGUUCAAAUAUAUUUGCCAUUAGAUGUAAUAAAAACAUAAAGUAGCAUUGGAAAUGUUCUUUUCGUUUAGUUUUUGUCUAUGCAACUCAUUUUACGACGAAUCCAAAGUUUUAUCAAAUUAAUGUAUUGUUUUAACUUUUCAAAAACUCGUUAAAAUUUCUGUAGCAACAUUUUGCCCGAAGAACAAAACGUGUAUUUGUAAAGGUUACGAAUAUUUCAGUACAAGUCUAUAAUGAUUUCUGUUUUGAACUCAAGAGAUAUUCUGAAGUUUAACCGUUGGGUCAAGUACACGGAUGACAAAUGUGUCAGGCUGUUCAUAUCAGUCGUGAUAUUGAACGUUACAAAAAGGCUAAAUUUACAACAGGAUGUGUAUUUCCCUGCACACUACAAUUGUAUUGUUUGUAACAAAAUAAUCCUGUAGCCUUUGUGUGUACGAACAUUGACCCAGCACACUUCCUUUCACGCCGGCGAUAACACUAGCUUAUAGUCAGAACACUCACCUCAUAGACACACGUAACGCUCACGGUUGUGGUUUAAACAUCCUGACGAGACCACAACUGACGUCUCGUGGCAAUUAAAAAAUGUUGAAGAACGCGUGACUGACUACUGACUCGUGUGCAACGUCCAUUUUUAUUGUAUUCAAGAUAUAGUGAGUUAUCUAAAGCUUUUAAUAAUAUCAAUAUAUUAUUUUUUCCCUGUAUCCAGAUCAUGAUAUUCAAUACAUUUUUACAUUUUAAGGAAACCUAUACCUCUACAUGCAAAACGAUAGAAAAUUCCACCAGUUAACCAGGUGACCCAUUUGUAAGAGAGACAGUAUAAUGGUCGGAAGUCCAGGCUUCAAGUCCUUGUAUAGCUUCGUUGCAUGUUUACACUCAGAACAUUGGUUUUGAUUUUUUUUUUUUUUUAUAUUUUGCUUUUGAUUAUCUUUAUAAAACUUUUAUUAGUUAUGUGUUUUUUUAAGGAAUGAGUUAUUAAAGCAUGAGUGAUGUCGAAGAAAGGUUUCAAGUGAAAAGCCACAGUUGCUGGCAGUUAUGAAGGGAUAAUCAAGUGUCGAAAUUUAAUAAAUCUGUAUCUAUGUAGGUUUUGAUGUCAUUUUUUAAAAUUUAUUUUUAUAUUAAAACCAUAAAUGUAUGCAGAAAGAUGAUAUUUACGUGUUUUGCAUAUAUUCAUUCAUUGAUUUGCACGGC